AUGAAUUUACUGGACCUCGGUCUGUUUCAACAAGACACAUCAUGGAUGAUGAUCACCGGCUUUAUUAUCGCCUUUGUUCUGGCCUUUGCAAUAGGCGCCAACGACACGGCUAACUCGUUUGGAACUUCGGUUGGAAGCAAAGUUCUAACGCUACAUCAGGCUUACAUUUUGGCGACGAUCUUUGAGACGCUUGGCGCUGUGCUACUAGGUGGGAAUUGUUAAAAAUGAAGUUUUUUAUAUUGAAGUUUAUAGGCUAUCAAGUGACGGAUACGAUACGCAAAGGGGUAAUCGAUGUCUCCAUGUACGAUGGAGCGGAGAGAGAGCUGAUGCUGGGACAAAUCGCUGUCUUGGCUGGUAAGAGUUUCUUUUUUGAUGUAAACAACAAAGCCAAAUUAGAUAACGAAUCCUUGGAUAUUGAAUUUUUUGUGUUCUAUAUAAGUGUUCUAAUAUAAUUAUCUGCAAGGUCAAAACUUUCGUACAGUCAUAAAAAUGUUUUUUAGCUUGCGGAUGCUGGCUUCUGAUUGCCACUCUUUUCAAACUACCCGUGUCAACGACUCACAGUAUCAUUGGAGCCACCAUUGGCUACUCGGUGGUGCUUCGAGGCUGGGCUGGAAUCCAGUUCUCGCAAGUCACCAAUAUUUGUAAGCUAACAAUAAUCAUUGAAUACCCUUCAGUGGGGGACCUGAUCCAGUGGCAAAAAACGUACCAUUUUGGAUCCAGGAAGUAACAAAAAAACGUGGCAAGAUACCUCCAUCUCCAAGUGAAAAAACUCUGGUUUCAAAAGCGCGCCCGCUCAUUUUGUAAGGAAAAGGGGGGGGGGGGGCGUCCUCAAAACGAAAUUUUUUACUUGGAGAGGGAAGCAUUUUGCCACAUUUUUGAUACUUCCCGGAUGCAAGAUGGUACGUUUUUUGUCACUGGAUUAGGUCCGCCACUGUACAUAGAUGGUUCAGUAUGUAUAAUCUUGAAUUUCUUCAGUUAUCUCUUGGUUCUUGUCGCCAGCAAUGGCUGGAAUCAUCUCCGCGGCUCUCUACGUCGCCUUGGACCACCUGGUUCUCAGAAAAGUAAGUCUCUCACCGUUAGCAUCAACUAUGACUUCAGAAAAACUCUUUCAAACGGGGUCUUCAAGCUUUACCGGUAAUUUAUUUGAUCUGCACUUGCUUCAACGUGUUCGCAGUGGUCUACAACGGGUCUGUUUGUAAGUUUUUUGCUUGAUAAGACUUAAGACAAUGUUCUACUUUAGAUCUAGCUUUUGACAAGCUCAGCUUAGCUCAAUCUCUGGGAAUCUCGAUUUUCUUGGGUUUACUUGUCGCCGUUAUUGUGCAAUUCGGGUUCGUGAGGAAAUUGAAGAAAGUCAAUCAACGUGAGUGAACUUAUCUUUUGCAACUAAAAAGGUCUACAUGUAAGAUAAUAAUAUAAAAAACUGGCUUAACAAAUUGAAAUCAUCAUUUUCAGAAGACUUCAAGUCCGGCAGUAUCAUAGCACAAGGCAAAGAAGCUUCAGAAGUCUGUACAAUUCAGUUCGAAGAGGACGAACAAGAACAGCCAAAUUGCUUCAGGCAGUUUUUGCAUUCGAAAAAACCUGAUGAUCCUCAGACCUCUCAUCUGUUCAACGUUCUUCAAAUCUUGACCGCUUGCUUUGCCGGGUUCGCUCACGGUGGCAAUGAUGUGAGCAAUGCUAUUGCUCCGUUAGUUUCGUUGUAUUCGAUUUAUGUGGAAGGAAGCGUUUAUCAGGUACGGCUUUACAAUAAAUGUCGUAUCUUCACAAGAACGAUUAAAAGGGGAAAUACCCUGAGUACUCACGUAUAUAUUAGGUUGAUGCAUAAUUAACCGGCGGUUUUAUACUUGGCAGAACGACCGGUAUUUUUAGGUCAAAUGUUGGAAAGAUUGUAACACUGUUUUACCCAUAUUGGAAUGAAAAAUUUCGUGCUUAUUUGUACUGUGGAGGGUAAUUUUCCCCAAAAAAUCAGUUUUUCCGCACUGGCAAAACUUUGGCGAAAAAGUUCUUAUGCGAUUCCUCUCCGCGGUUAGCGUUCGGCCGAAAAUAAGUAUCAUUUCCUAUGCCGGCUGCGUCUGUAAAGCCAUACAGUGGAGGAUCUGAUCCAGUGGUAAAAAAAGUACGAUUUUGCAUCCGAGAAGGAUCAAAAAUGUGGCAAAAUGCUUCCCUCUUCAAGUGAGAAGAACUUCCGUUUUUUGGAGGGCACGCCAUUUCCCUCACAAAAAGAGCGGGCGCGCUUUUGAAAUCGGAGUUUUUUUCACUUAUAGAGGGAAGCAUUUUGCCACAUUUUUGAUACUUCCCGGAUGCAAAAUGGGACGUUUUUUGCCACUGAAUGAGGUCUCCCUACUGUAUACAAAACUUUCGAAAAAAUCUGAGCUUUGCACUUGGGGUACUCCCUUUGUAAGAUACGUGUGCAUAUUUUACAUUUCAGGAGGGCCAAACUCCCCUCUGGCUUCUGCUUUUCGGCGCCGCUGGUAUGUGUGUUGGACUUUGGAUCCUGGGCCACAGAGUGAUCAGCACAGUGGGAGAGGGGAUCACUGAAAUCAACGCCCCCCGAGGAUUUACCAUUGAAUUGGGAACAGCGUUUACCGUUCUUGUCGCCAGCAAGUUCGGACUGCCGAUCAGCUCAACCCACUGCAAAGUGGGCAGUGUUGUAGCAGUGGGAGCCGUUUAUCAACCAGGAUCUGUAAAAUGGAGCACUUUCGGAAGCAUUUUCAUGUCAUGGAUCAUCACUUUGCCGGCUUCGAGUAAGUGAACCAGAAAUUAUAAAUAAUAUAAAUCAAAAUGAAUUUAGCUGUCCUAAGUGUCGUGUUCAUCUAUAUUCUCAAAUUCUUCGCGCAUUAA